CACAUACCUUUUACACCUCAGGCAUCAAUUCUCUAGCCUUGCAGGUACCUACCUACCUCAACUGCAACACGCAGCUCCAGGCUGCCUAGGUGAAGGAAGCUCCAAGUCAACGCCGUCGCAAACAUCUCGACAACACAGUUCCCCUCCACGUCACCAAUUCUCACCCCAUCUUCUCUUGCCUUUCGGAUCACGCUACUUCACUUGAUCAGAGAAUUCAGACAUCAUGACAUCGAUAGGCACGGGUUACGAUUUGCUCAACUCCAUCUUCUCCCCUGAUGGACGCAACUUUCAGGUCGAAUACGCAGUCAAGGCAGUAGAGAAUGGCGGUACCUCGAUCGGUAUUCGAGCUAAGGAUGGUGUUGUCCUAGCUAUCGAGAAGGUCGUUUCAUCCAAGCUCCUAAAACCCGGUGCCAACAAGCGCAUUGCAACUAUCGAUAGCCAUGUCGGAGCUGUAUCUUCUGGUAUGGUUCCUGAUGGACGUCACUUCGUUGAUCGCGCUCGCGACGAGGCCCAGAGCUGGCGACAGAACUUCAAGACCCCCAUCCCCACAUCCGAUCUUGCCAGCCGCAUGGGUGGCUACCUCCAGGCCUACACCAUGUACGGAUCAGUUCGACCAUUUGGCAUCACCGCCAUCGUGGGCGGCUACGACACUCCCGAGGAGACCCCCGUCGAUGGAGAGGUUGGCUCAGGACCCAAGGUUGGCGCUGGUGGCAAGAUCGAGGGCAAGCACGGCGGUCCUUUCCUUUACAUGAUCGAGCCCAGCGGUAUGUACUGGGGUUACUACGGAGCGGCUACAGGCAAGGGUCGACAGGCUGCCAAGGCUGAGUUGGAGAAGCUUGACCUACCCGCUGGUAACAUUACUCUGGAGGAAGCUGUGAAGCAGGCUGCGCGCAUCAUCUACAUUGCGCAGAAGGAUAACAAGGAUAAGGAUUUUGAGCUGGAGAUGACCUGGAUCAGUGGGCCUGACGGCCCUACCAAGGGACGACACGUUGAGGUGCCAAAGGAGCUACGGGAAGAGGCUGAGCGAUUAGCAAAGGCUGAGGACGAGGAUGAUGAUGACGACGACGACGACGAAGAUGAGGGUGCAAAGGAUGAUAAGAUGGAGGACUAGACGAGUUGUGUCAAGAAAAAUCAAGGCACCUGUACUAUCACGAUGACGAGCUCUUAGAAUUUAAUGGUUCAUCUGCAGGCAUUCGAAUUACUCCCAGGGUGACUGGUUUCGAUUCAUCCUAUCUGUCUGGGAGAAUUAUGUCUAUUAGGGUAUCAGUUCCGAACUUGCUGCAUUGCAUUUCGGUACCAGUUUUGCCAGUCACCAAUGAAGGACGACUGCAACUUCACCUCACCAGAGAAGCAGCUCGCUUGUGUCUUGCUAUACACAGCAAGAAUAUCCUCCAUUUUGCUCUUGUCCGCAGCGACGAGGGCCGACACAACGAUUAGACUCGCCGCACUGGCCGCUUUUGCGUAUGCAUGCGAGUCAUCCUGACCGGCAGCCUUAUGAAUCUCACGCAAUAAGUCUAGCAUGUCAUCAGGUUCAAGAAUCUGGACCUCUUGGCGGUUACUGCGGGCCUUCUUCAGGCCCUUUUGGUAGUUAGAAAUAAUCUUGCUCGCACGGGCAGCAAGGGGUUUUGUGCUGGUUGUGCGCAUCAGAUCGAGUAGGGGUAAGAGAAGAGUAAACGAAAGAGGGCUGCGAGACUCGUUGCGAACGUAGAUGUCGAUAAAAUCAAGAAUCCGGUUCUUGAAAUUGAGGACUGACUGCUUGGCCUCCUUCUUUUGCUUCUUGGAGUCGUUCGAGCGGUCUUGAAUGCGUGGCUUGAUAGCUGCUGCGAGCUGCUCGUCGAUGGCAAACAUUUCAGAGUCAGACAUAUCACCCUCGGAGUCUGAUGACUCGGCAUUAACGUCCUUGUCGAGUCGAUGGCUGUUGAGGAUCUUCUCGAGUUCAUUGUCCAAGUCCUCAGGUCUGUCGAAUUCGCCUUUGCUUUUUUCUCCAUCUUCGUCCUCAUCGUCUUCUUCGUCUUCUUCGUCUUCUUCGUCUUCUCCGCUUUCAUCGUUCGUCUCCUUGAUAUCAAUGAACUCGACAUCAGAAUCAAUCUCGAUAUCCGAGUUAUCCUCCUCAUCAGCAUCUGUUCCUUCUUCGUCCUCAUCCUCGUCGACCUCCAUCUCAUCCUCCCCGGUGCUGAACAAUUCCUUCUGGCCUUUGGUAUUCUCGCCAGAUGUGAGGGGACCGGUCAAGAGCUCCAAACCUGCAGCUGAGAUCUGUGGUGUGAAGGCACCAAAUACUUGCUGCGUAACUUGUCUCAUGAGAGAUGAAGGCCGUACAACCAUUGACAACAAGAUCUCAAGGAUAAUCUCUGAUGUGCCGGCCUCGCUCUCUGCGGACUUGCCCUUUUCAAGGCGGUCGGAACAUUGGGCAAGGUCGUUGAGAACCUCCAUAGCAUCUGGGUCUUCGUUGUAGAGUCGGAAGAUAGACACGGCGUGCAACAUCGCGAUACUCUGAAAAAGAUUUUUCUCGCUGUCGUCUCCCGCCUUGCGCCUGAGUAGCUUUUGCAUCCUCGACAACGCCUCCUGGACAGCUGUCUUGAUCUCUUCGGUCAUUGCCACCGAGUUGGGAUCAAUGGAUGACACAGCAAGACAUAGUGAGCCGUAAUCCUCUGUUCUUCGGCUGACCUUGGCGAAUGACGACUCAAGACGAGUUCGGCAGAGCUCUCGAACACCUUCUGUGAGCGUAUCUACCGGUAUGUUCUUGGGUUGAGAGUAUGCCAGCUGAGAGAGUUCUUGUAGGGCAGCUGAGAAUACAGUCUGUUGGAACUCUCCCGAUGUAGGCGAGGCCGAAGCAUUGAGAAUUUUUGAAAGAUAGUCCACGUAAACUCGGAGUGUUGAUGAAGCCUUCUUUGUGUCUUGUUUAGCAAUCGUGCUGAGGGGGGUUCGGAUGAUCUUCAGUAUCUCUUCGCCAGUCUCUCCUGAUAUAUUCUGCAAGAUUUGGUCGACAGUUUUGGUAUUUGUUCUUUGGUCAAAGUUAUAAGCUCCGUUCUCGCCUAGUAGACCCUUGAGAAUGGGAACAAGUGUCGCCGGAUGCGCCGAGGUCGUUGCCUCAAUUGCUUUGAGGGCCUUGUUCGCUGCUCGGUGAAGAUAUCUAUCCUCUUUGGAAGCUUGAUUCAUGAGGCAGAGGGUGAGAUUCUUGCUGAAGAGAACCUCGAUAUGGGC